UGUGUACAUUAUGUAAAUAAAUCUGUCUUUGAACCUUUUUACCUGUGGGAGCGUGUCAGUGCGAACAAAUUCUAGCGUGUCGUACGUGUGUCCUCGUCGAGUACGUGAAUGUGUAGCACUAGCGCGAGUGAGAUUAGUGUAGUCCGUGUAGUGGUGACACAGCAGCAGAGAGAACACGCAUGAAGAUCUGUGGAACUGUUGCACCGAAGACAAGAACUGCCUGCUUUACUUUACCAGACUAAAAUUAGUGUUCUUUCGCGGACUCCAAUAUUAAGGUCGGGUGAGUUCGAGUGCGUGCAUGGUGGAUAGGAAUAAAAUAUAUAUAUAAAAAGAGCACAACGCGAGGUAACGAUUAGACAAUGCACCCGACGAAAGACAGCUAGAAAUAUUUUAGUGGAAAAUUCUCCUUGGGAACUUCCGUCCUCUUCCCUGGAACACCAUUAAAGAUCAAGAUCGAUCGAACGGAUCAACUGAUUUGGCGCUAUUAUUGUGUGAGUACAUGUUUCAAUAAACGACAGCAUCCUCAAAUGGCCAGCGCCGUGGCACGACAUCUAGGUCAUCGCGUGCUGAAGCGAUUUUUGUGGCAUGCAUUUGUAAAUAGGAACUAUUCAGCCAUGUCUGGACUGUUAAUAGAUGAUCCCAAAUACUCCUGGCUCAAAGAUCUUGGUUUGUCGUCGGACAACGACGGUGUCUACACUGGCACGUGGGGAGGCAGCGGAGAGGUGGUGUCAUCAGUCUGUCCAGCAAAUAAUCGGCCAAUCGCACGAGUGAGACAAGUAAGACAAUAUACUUAGAACCCUCCCACUGACUAUGAAAAGGCCAUACAAGCAACCAAAGCAGCUUGGGACGAAUGGGCUGAGAUACCUGCUCCAAAAAGAGGAGAGAUUGUAAGGCAGAUUGGAGAAGCCCUUCGAGCUAAAAAAGCUCUGCUUGGAAAGCUGGAUUCAUUGGAAAUGGGGAAAAUCCUUGCUGAGGGUGAAGGAGAAGUUCAGGAGUAUAUUGAUAUCGCUGAUUAUGCUGUUGGACUUUCUCGCAUGUUCGCUGGCCACAUUUUCCCAUCAGAACGAAGGGGUCACAUGCUUUUAGAACAGUGGAACCCUCUUGGAACCGUGGGUAUAAUUACAGCUUUCAACUUUCCUGUGGCAGUGCAUGGAUGGAAUGCCUGUCUGGCACUUGUUUGUGGAAACACUGUGGUUUGGAAAGGAGCUCCAACUACGCCUCUUGUGAGUGUAGCUGUUACAAAGAUUUUGGCAUCAGUGUUGGAAACCAAUGGAAUACCAGGAGCUGUGUGUUCAUUGGUGACUGGUGGAGCUGAUAUUGGCACUUUGAUGGCUCAAGAUGAGAUCAAUCUGUUGUCCUUCACAGGAAGCACACCAGUAGGACACAAAGUUGCCAUGAUGGUUCAAGAGAGAUUUGGAAAAUUUCUUUUGGAGUUGGGAGGAAACAAUGCAAUUAUUGUAAAUGAAGAUGCGGACCUGGAAAUGGUGGUUCGCUCAGCAAUCUUUGCUUGUGCAGGGACAGCUGGUCAGCGUUGCACAACAGCUCGUCGACUGAUUCUGCAUGAGAAAGUACAUGAUGAAGUCGUGGAGAGACUGAAGAAAGCCUAUGCACAGUUGCGCAUUGGUGAUCCCCUGGAGGUAGGAGUGAACUAUGGACCACUUCACAGCUCUCAAGCAGUACUAUUCAAGGCAGCUAUUGUUGAUGCUUUGGCUCAGGGUGGAAAGAUUGAGCAUGGAGGCAAGGUGAUUGAUCGUCCUGGAUAUUUUGUGGAACCCACAAUCAUUUCUGGUCUAGCCCACAAUGCCCCAGUGGUGCACAGAGAAACAUUUGCUCCUAUUGUUUAUGCUUUAAAAACUAAGAGUCUGCAGGAAGCCAUUUCUUGGAAUAAUGAAGUCAAACAGGGACUUACCAGCAGUCUGUUCACAAAGGACCUGGCAGAUGUUUAUCGCUGGAUUGGCCCUAAAGGAUCAGACUGUGGCAUUGUGAAUGUCAACAUUCCUACAAGUGGAGCAGAGAUAGGUGGAGCAUUUGGUGGAGAAAAGCACACAGGAGGAGGUAGGGAGUCUGGUAGUGAUUCUUGGAAACAGUACAUGCGUCGGUCUUCCUGCACAAUUAACUUCAGCAAGGAGCUACCACUUGCUCAGGUAUCAAGUUUGAGUGAAUCUCAGUCAGCUUGUUGGCUUCUGCACAUAACACACACACACAUCUACUGUAUUUUCUUAUGGAAGAUAUUUUUUCUUUGUGACUUGUCUCUGAAAAUUGUUUUUUUUUUUUUGGGGGGGUUGACAACAGAAGAAAAAAACGAACUGUGAUUAAUUUGUUAUUAACUCUUUUCUUGAAUGAAUUCUACAACAGUGGCUUUUGAAAUUUUGUAUUUGAACAAAUUUGCUGGCUUUUGAAAGAUUUUUUUUAUUUUAAAAAAAGCUUUUUGUUGCUUUUGUCUAUGUUGCAAUGAAGUCAGUUUGGUUAUCCCAACAGCUGUUACACCUUUCUACACACAAGUUAUCAGUUUAUAUCAUAUCUUAUCACUGUUUUACAAACAGAAGGCUACUGAUUAAUAAACAAGUGUUGUCAACAUCA